UGCUACACAUCGGGAAACACAAGGGGGUUGGAGAUAUUGAUUCAGCGCCUACUUGCUACUUGUUUAUGUAUAGUGAGGUGUCACAUUUAUAGCAUCUAACUCAGUCACUAACGAAGAACAAGAUGAACAAAUAUAGGAAGCAGAUAGCAGAGCAGUUCCUGAGUCAGGCCCUGGGCAUUAUCUGCCUGUUGACCGGAGAGGAAUAUGUCGUUGUGAAGAAGAGGCCCUCACACAGCAGCAUUAAUCAGCUGAAAGGAGAGGUGCCUAUAAAGUGUGAUGAUGUUGCUGUGUAUUUCUCUAUGGAGGAGUGGGAGUAUAUAGAGGGACACAAGGAGCUUUACAACGACAUCAUGAUGGAGACUCACCAAGCACUAAGGGCUAUGGAGAUCCCAAGAAAUGAGAGCUCAGAAUUCACAGGUCACAGUGUUGUAAAUCUACACACAGGAGCACAUAGAGAAAUUGUACAGAAUAUUCAGCCAGUGAAGACCCCAUCAGACGUCUCUACAGAACUAACAGGUCACAGUGAUGAAAAUAUAGACACAGGAGCACAUAGAGAACUUGUACAGAAUAUUCAGCCAUCAGAUGUCUCUGCAAGUGAGUGA